AUGGAUGAAAUAGAUGCUAAUAAAGAUAUACUAUAUCAUUAUAGAUCAUCGGUUAAAGUGGGUGAAAUAGAGCGUUAUUUGAUAGAAUAUAUCUUAUAUGAAGAUGAUGAAAUACCAGAUGAUUUGAAGCUUGAUUCCUUGUAUGUUAGAUUGAAGAAUUGUAGUCCCCUAUCAUUUCGUGCAGGUUACUUGGCUGGUCCAUUUAUUUUGUAUGGUGAUGUGAGAAGUAAUAAUUACCAUCAUUCGCAGCAUAUCGUUUCAUCAGCUGAUUAUCCGCAAUUUGAGGCAAAUCUACAAGCGCAACAAGUGAAGGUUAUGGAGUUGUCAUUACACAACAUACAAUCAAAAUACGUGUGGAUAUUGGAUGUAGUGAGUCAGAUAUUAUUUACUACAAAUACUAAUGUACCUUUUGAGGUGACAGUUGGUAUGGACAGAAAAAUGUUGGAGGAAAAUAAUGAAAUAGAGUGUCUCCCGCAUUUAGGAUCAACAUCGAAUAAUUUGAUUGUUUCACGAUUAACAACAGAUGAUCUAUGGAAGCUACCAAGGGAGUUAGCUCCAAAAAAAGAUAUUAAGCAUUUAGUAAUUCUGACACAUGGAUUACAUUCGAAUGUAUCUGCAGAUUUAUCAUACUUGAUGGAAGAAAUAUAUAAGUCACAGGCGAACUUUCCCAAUGAAAUAUUAAUUGUCGAUGGUUAUUUCGAUAAUGUUUGUGAAACAGAAAAGGGUGUACGAUACUUAGGAACUAGAUUGGCGGAUUAUAUUAUCGAUAAUCUAUAUGAUGCAGAUGUCAAAAAAAUAUCAUUUGUUGGACACAGUUUAGGUGGUUUAGUACAGACUUUUGCAAUUGGUAAUUUAGCAGCCAGAUACCCAUGGUUUUUCGAUAAGGUUAAACCGGUAAAUUUUAUCACAAUUGCUUCACCAAUGUUAGGCAUCGUUACUGAUAAUCCGGCAUAUAUUAAUUUAUUACUGUCAUUUGGGGUUGUAGGUCGUACGGGAAAGGACUUGAAUCUUGAUGUUGAUUUACCAGAUGAGAAACCCUUGCUCUAUUCUCUUUCCGGGGAGUUCAUCAGAAGCAUCUUACGGAAAUUUGAAAGGAGAACAAUAUACGCAAACGCCGUUAACGAUGGAAUAGUGCCGCUUUAUACGUCAGGUUUAUUAUAUCUUGAUUAUGAUGCAAUCUUGAAGAAAUUAAGAGAAAAGGAAGAGAAUAAGAGUUUAUCUGGUCCUAAUAAUAUAACAGUCUCAGAUAACACGGCUUUUUUCAAUAAAAAUUUCAUAUCCCCAUUAACUAAGAUGUUGAGUUUAUGGGCACCGCAAAAAUUUCCUGAGUCUGAUCCAAAAAUUCCUAAAGUAUCCUUUUUCCAAUCUGCAGCCUCCAUAUUAUUGCCGCCAUUACCAGAUAUCAAUUUCAUCGUCAACCCUAAACAUAGGAAUGAUAUAAUUAUUCAUGACAAGAUAUACACAGAAGAAGAUAUCAAGGAUGUAGAAAAAGAUCCUGAUAGUAGUUUUUUUAACAAUAAGAAUAUAUUUCUGCAAGCAUUGUCUACAGUAACAUCGGAAAAAACUAAAUACCAAGAGCUAGAGAAGACGAUAGCAAUAAGGUGGCACAAAGGCCUGUCAUGGAGAAAAGUAAUAGUCGCCUUGAAACCGGAUGCUCAUAAUAAUAUCAUUGUUCGAAGGAGAUUUUCUAAUGCCUAUGGUUGGCCUGUAAUAGAUCAUUUAAUAUCUGAGCAUUUUAGUGGAGAAAAUUUUGAAAUGGAUAGUCAAAAAGAUGUUUCCAUUACCACUACCAGAGAGGAUCUGAAUUGGAUUAAGAGGCCUGAUGAGGACGGCCUGUUCAAAGAAGGGCCUACAGGGAUGAUAUCGACUGUCGGUGAAAUUGUAGAAUCCUUUGCAAAGAAAAGGUUUUCAAAUCUAGUGGAUGCGACAGCUUCCAAUGAGGAAAGCCUACGCGAAAUUAAAGAUGAAGUUACACAAAAUCUUGAUUUAGACAUGGUUGAUAUCCCGAAUGAAACCAUAUAG